GCUGGAGACGUUCAGAGGAACAUUAAGAGAGAAACAUGGCAGAAGAAGCUCCAGCAGCUGCACCGGCUAAAGCCCCGGCAAAAGCCCCGAGGAAGAAGUCCGCUCCUAAGGCCAAGAAGGAUGGACCCAGCCUGUCCAAGCUGAUCGUGGCCGCCGUGGCGGAGUCCAAGGAGCGCAAAGGAGUGUCUGUGGCAGCGCUGAAGAAGGUCCUGGCUACUAAAGGGGUGGAUGUAGCUAAAGCCAACAAGCGCAUCAAUACGGCCGUCAGCAAGCUGGUGGCCUCAGGCACCCUGGCUCAGACCAAAGGAACCGGCGCCUCCGGUUCAUUCAAGCUCGCCAAGGAGUCCGCUAAACCAGCCAAGGUGGUGAAGAAGAAGGCUCCCGCAAAAGCCAAGAAGCCCGCCGCCAAGAAGGCCAGCACCCCGAAAAAAGCCACCGCUGCUAAGAAGGCGACAGCAGCCAAGAAGUCUCCGAAGAAGGCAGCAGCGGCCAAGAAAAGCGUGAAAAAGGUGGUGAAGAAGAGCCCCAAAAAGGCCGCCCCUGCUGCCAAGAAGCCAAAGGCUGCUAAGAAGCCUGCAGCUAAGAAGCCUGCAGCCAAGAAACCUGCUGCUAAAAAGGCCCCAGCUAAGAAGGCCAAGAAGUAGACUGCUGCUUCAACCAGCACUCAGUGCAACAAAGGCUCUUUUCAGAGCCACCACAGCUUCAUCUUAAGAUCCGAUUCCCUAGAAGCACAAAAUGAAAAUAAUUCAAUAAAGUCAUCA